CUUUCAAGUUCCAAUCUGUUCUAUUCUAGAUUAUUUUUUCCAGGAGCGAUAGUUAUUAUCAGAUAUAAUAGAUAAAAAUGUGCUUUGUUAGUGCAAUAUAAAAUGUUACAUUAUGUAUGCUAUUUAAAGUUAAAGACAUUAUGUUUUCUUAUAAUUAUAUUUGUAUUUUGCCACCUUAUUUUUCAGGAAUUCAUUUUCUUAAAUAUAAAAGAUGAAGAUGGGCACUCUUUACCUAUUUUAAUUUGGUGGACAAAUUUCACUCGUCUUCAAAGAGACAGAUUAAUUAGCUGCUCUGAACGAGCCUGUAAAUGUUUAGUGACUUCUAAUCGUACAAGAAGUAGGGAAUUAGCUGCUUAUUUGUUCUACGGUAGUCACAUAGAGAAUGAUGACUUUCCUCUUCCAAGGAAUUAUACCAUCCCAUGGGCAAUAUUUCAUGAAGAAUCUCCAAAAAAUUACGCUCCCUUUCUAUAUUUGGAAACCCAGAAUAUAUUCAAUUUAACAUCUACUUUCAGUAGAUAUAGUGACUUUCCAGUUACUCUACAAUAUUUAGAGGAUUUGGCGCUAAUAAAAGAUUUAACUUAUUAUGUACCAGUAGAUACGAAAAACAAGUAUCUGGAUGAAAUAGCACCGGUACUGUAUAUUCAAUCAGACUGUGAUACGCCUGUAAGUAGGGAUUACCUGGUGAGAGAAUUGGCAAAAUUUGUACAAAUUGAUAGUUAUGGAAAGUGUUUAACAAAUAAAUCAUUCCCCAAAGAGCUUGAUGAAGUAUACUCAUUAGACCUUUACAAUGAAAAACUACUACGCUUUAUAUCAAAGUAUAAAUUCAUCAUAGCUUUUGAAAAUUCAGUAUGUGACGAUUAUAUUACAGAAAAAUUGUGGAGACCUCUUAUAGUGGGCUCUGUCCCUAUAUAUUUAGGAUCACCAACUAUUGAGGAUUGGCUUCCAAACAACAAUUCAGCAAUUUUAAUAAAGAAUUAUAAUAGCUUGGAAGAAGUUGCUAAUUUAAUUAAAAAAAUUAAUGCAAAUGAUACAUUGUAUGAACGUUUUCUGCAACACAAGUUAAAGUCGAAAGUUUCAAACAACUUGUUACAGAAGAAUAUUUUAAAAGAUCAUCCCAUACUGGCUUUCGAAUGUUUUGUAUGUGAACGAACACAUCAAUCUUACACAUACAACAAACGAAAUAACGACUUAAAUAUAUACGACUGUCCAAAACCGAAAGCUCCAGAGAAAGAAAACACAUGGUAUCAACAUUGGGAUGUGGGCAAAUGCCAAGCGAAAGCAUUAGAAAUACUUUUAGCUAAGGAUACACCUUAUACAUCGUCUUUGUUUGAAGAAACUUGGAAGACAUAUUUUUACAACAAAAAUUGUUAACUGUGAUGAACCUGGUAAAAUUUUAAAAUAAAAUAACGCAGGAGCACU